ACAGGACGUAGCCGAGGGGCGGUGCCGGGCCCGGGCGGUGCCAGCGCGGCCCGGGCCUUCAGCUGUCCGGCCGCCGCUCUCCUUUUUGCAGGUAUCGCACACCUGCUCCUCGGAGGCGUCAUGAGGUCUCCGGUUCGGGGCCUGGCCUCGAGCGAUGGCGAGGAGAGCUCAGAUAGGACGCCCCUGCUGCAGAGCACCCCGCGAGUGGAAGCCGCUCCAGUGUGCUGCUCUGCCCGUUAUAACUUAGCAGUGUUGGCUUUUUUUGGUUUCUUCGUUCUCUAUGCAUUACGGGUGAAUCUGAGCGUGGCAUUGGUGGAUAUGGUAGAUUCAAAUACGACUUUAGCAGAUAAUAGGACUUCCCAGGAGUGUGCAGAGCAUUCUGCUACCAUAAAAGUUCUUCAUAAUCAAACGGGUAAAAGGUACCAAUGGGAUGCAGAAACUCAAGGAUGGAUUCUCGGUUCCUUUUUUUACGGCUACAUCAUCACCCAGAUUCCUGGAGGAUAUAUUGCCAAUAAAGUGGGCGGGAAACUGCUGCUAGGAUUUGGGAUCCUUGGCACUGCCGUCUUCACCCUGUUCACUCCCAUUGCUGCAGAUUUUGGAGUCGGAGCCCUCAUUAUACUCAGGGCACUAGAAGGACUAGGAGAGGGUGUUACAUUUCCAGCUAUGCAUGCCAUGUGGUCUUCUUGGGCUCCCCCUCUUGAACGAAGCAAGCUUCUCAGCAUUUCAUAUGCUGGAGCACAGCUUGGGACAGUAAUUUCUCUUCCUCUUUCUGGAAUAAUUUGCUUCUAUAUGAAUUGGACUUAUGUCUUCUACCUUUUUGGUAUAGUUGGCAUCAUUUGGUUUAUGUUAUGGAUGGUGUUAGUUAGUGAUAAACCUGAAACUCACAAGACAAUCUCCCGCCAUGAAAAAGAAUAUAUUCUUUCAUCAUUAAAAAAUCAGCUUUCUUCACAGAAGUCAGUGCCAUGGAUCCCCAUGCUAAAAUCCCUGCCUCUUUGGGCUAUUGUAGUUGCACACUUUUCUUACAACUGGACAUUUUAUACUUUAUUGACGUUAUUGCCUACUUAUAUGAAGGAGAUCCUAAGGUUCAAUGUUCAAGAGAAUGGGCUUCUGUCUGCACUGCCUUAUUUUGGCGGUUGGUUAUGUAUGAUCCUAUCUGGUCAAGCUGCUGACAAUUUAAGGGCAAAAUGGAACUUUUCAACUAUAUGUGUCCGAAGAGUGUUUAGCCUUAUAGGAAUGAUUGGACCUGCAGUAUUCCUGGUAGCCGCUGGAUUUAUAGGUUGUGAUUAUUCUUUGGCCGUUGCAUUCUUAACCAUAUCAACAACACUGGGAGGCUUUUGCUCUUCUGGAUUUAGCAUCAACCAUCUGGAUAUUGCACCUUCGUAUGCUGGUAUCCUCCUGGGCAUCACAAAUACAUUUGCCACUAUUCCAGGAAUGGUUGGGCCUAUCAUUGCUAAAAGUCUGACCCCUGAUGUAAGUAGAUAAUUUGCUUAUAAACUACAAAGGUCUUCACAGUUCAUUUGAACCUGUGUCAGGUAUU